GCGUCCCUCCGGCCGAUCCAAUCCAGCGACAACCCCUUUCUCUCGGCGGUGGUGGGUUGGAGCCGCUGUCCCCUCGGCCUCUCGCAUGUUCCCCUCGAAAUUUUUGUUUUGAAUUCGAUGCCCCUGUUGUAGAUUUGCUCCCGUAGCACGCCACCGCAAGGCCACACCAAUCCCGUGUCUUGUUUAUCCCCCCCGAUCACGUUUACCGUUGAGCAGAAGCAUGGCUGUGGUGAGCGGCGGGUCGUCUGGGCCACUUGCCCGGCUCGAGGGCCGCGAAUUCGAAUACAUGAUGAAGAAGCGCUCGGUGACCAUCGGACGGAACUCCUCGCAGGGCUCCGUGGACGUCAGCAUGGGCCACUCCAGCUUCAUCUCCCGGCGGCAUCUGGAGAUUUUCACCGCCAGCGACGAGGGCUCGGGCAGCGGGGACUUCUACCUCCGAUGUCUGGGUAAAAAUGGGGUUUUUGUGGACGGCGUGUUUCUCCGAAGGGGCGCCCCUCCUCUGCAGCUUCCACGAAUGUGCACGUUCCGGUUCCCCAGCACAAACAUAAAGAUCUCGUUCACGGCUCUGUCCAGUGGGAGGAAAGUGAAACGUGAAGCUCCAGAGUCUCCUGUUAAAGCUGUUCAGCCUCAGAUCUCUCCUUUAACCAUCAACAUCCCAGAAAACAUCGCCCACCUCAUGAGCCCCCUGCCCUCUCCCACAGGGACCAUCAGUGCUGCUAACUCAUGCCCCUCCAGUCCACGGGGGGCAGGCUCCUCUGGAUACAGACUGGGCAGUCGAAUGGUGAGUUCAGCAGAACUUCAGCUCAUCAACGAUAACUCCCAACCAGAACACGAGAAGGACAACUCCGGAGGGGACAGUCCCAAGGAUGACUCGAAGCCUCCGUAUUCCUAUGCACAGCUGAUCGUCCAGGCCAUCACUCUGGCUCAGGACAAACAGCUCACUCUAAACGGCAUCUACAACCACAUCACCAAGAACUACCCCUACUACCGCACCGCCGACAAGGGCUGGCAGAACUCAAUCCGGCAUAACCUUUCUCUAAACCGAUACUUCAUAAAAGUGGCACGAUCUCAGGAGGAGCCGGGAAAAGGUUCAUUUUGGAGGAUAGACCCUUCAUCUGAGGCUAAACUGGUGGAACAGGCCUUCAGGAAACGCAGGCCCAGAGGGGUGCCCUGCUUCAGAGCCCCGCACGGACCCCUCUCAUCCAGGAGUGCGCCGGCGUCUCCCAACCACUCGGGGGUGCUAUCUGCUCACUCCAGCGGUGUGCAGACCCCAGACAGCCUGUCCAGAGAGGGGUCACCUGUGCCUCUGGAGGUCGACACGUCUGUCCCCGCCCCCAGUUCUAAUGUGCAGCCGAAGCUAAUCCAGGAGACGCGAUUCUCACACAACACGCCAGGUUCCCCGGUGAGCAGUUCGUCGGUGCUGAUCGCGGUGCAGAGGCCAAUAGCUCAGAGCCUGAAGCCCGUCACGUACACCAUGGCCUCCCCCGUCAGCUCCAGCUCACAGCCCCCCCUACAGACCGUCCACGUACUGCAACAGAUCCCAGCCGGAACCGUGCUCCAACCGGCCACUAUAAUCAAGAGCGAGGGCCAGGAGAACGGAAACCACGCAGACAUCAAAGCAGUGAAAGUUGAGACAGUUCUCCCGGCUGUGGGCUCCAUAGGUCCCUCUGCUCCGGUGAUCCAGGGCCCUCAGAGCUCCACCUCUCUGCAGACACUCACCAUCCUCCCACAGCCUCCUCUGGGCACGCACCAGCUGCCCAUCAAGACCAUCACCCAGAACGGGACACACAGCCUCGCCACUGCCAUCCAGGGGCACAGCUCAGCCGCAGCCAGCCCCCUCCACCUGUUGGCCGCCCACGCCUCAGCCUCUGCCUCUCUCCCGACCAAACGCCAGAACGGAGACCAGAGUGCAGAGCAGCAACCCGACGCCAAGCGCUCCAAACCGGACCCAGAACAGGCCACGCCCACUUCCUCCUCUCCGACAUUCACUUCCUGUCCCUCCUCCAAUGACACAGCGGCAGCUAACGACCUGAGCGGCGACCUCAACUAACCUGUCCCAACCCGAAAUCUCCACUACGCUGCAAAAACAGUUACAUGAGUUUAAAUGACUGGAAUGAUUUUAGUAGUUUGAGGUUUAGAUUAUUUACUUAAAACACAUAGACUAUUUGACUUCUUUCAGUGUAUGUUUACUUUUUUCAAGAUUAAAAAUAUCUGCCAUUGGAGGAAAAAACUCUUAUAAGGUUUCAGUUGUGAGAAGUUUCAAAGUGGUGAUUUUGUUCUUUGGAAACAAAGUUUGUUUAACUUAUUUCAAUAGAAUUGUUUGUAUUUCAAAGACCUUGAAGUAACUAAAACAUUCAUAUUAAAUUAUACUCCAAAGAAGAUUCGAUAAAAUGUCACCUGGAAACAAAAAAAUUACAUUGAAACAAGUCAAAUUAUCCAGACACAUUAACUAAUUAAAUCGAGUAAAACCUACUAAUUUAAGAUAUUUUGGAUUUCAAGUCAUUUUAACUCAUGUAAAUAUAUUUUUGUAGUGUAAUCCCUCCCAUAAAUCUACAUUACACCUCCUCCUCCUCCUCCUCCACCUUCAUACUUUCAGCUCCCAUCGUCUGCCAUUCCAUUGACUCCCGCAGUGCCAAAAUGGAGACCCGUUUCAUUUUGCCCUGUAAGACUUUCGAUAAAGAUGGCUUCAGACUGGGGCUGCACACUUAUACGUAAAAGUUGUGUUGUCUCAUUUGGUCCUUGUGCAAAAAUUUGAUUAGAAAUUAUUGAAAUAAAUUAUGCCAAAUUGUUUUAGUGUUUGUAGGUCACAUUAACAGCUGAAAUUUAUCAACGCAUAGAUUUAAUACACAAACAAAUCUUUACAAUUUCAAACAACAUUCAGGGAAAGUGUUAAUAUGCCAUUAGUUUUUGUGGCAUUAAAGAUGUUCUACUCUUUCCUCGUGGUGAGUAACCUGCUUGUCUCCAUGGAGAUGUUUUUGCUUUGCCUGGAAUAUUCCACAGUAUGGAGUUAAACUUGUCUAUAUUGCUAAAACAGAUACAACCUGUAACUUGUCCAGGUGAGGUCUCCUGCUUGUCUGCAGGAGAUCGAUUGGUUUAAUGCCAUUCCGUGUAAUAUUUUAGCCAAGUAAUGUUAUCUCCAUGGAGACGAGCAGGUCUAACCCUCCAACUAGAAAGUGAUAGAGUGCACAUGUAAAGGUACUACACACAAACAGCCGUGCAGUAUAUUGUGCAGCCCCUUUGAGAUCAAAUUAUAAGACGGGACUCGAGAUGGAAACAUCUGGAUGUAAAACCACAACCAGGCCUUAUUCACCAAAAGAGCUGCUCAUUCUGAACUCUACUCGGAGCGGGAGAGAAACUACGCCCCAAAAUGACCCCCCAGUGUUUCCUGUUCAGUGCAAGAGAAUAUGGUGGCCUCCUGUGGUCAAAAACAAGCUGAAAUUUGUUUAACAAAUACACUUCUAGUCAUUAAUGUAAAAAAAUCAACUAUACUGUAAAAAGAAUUUUAAAAUGACUUGAAUUAAGAAUAUUUAUCUUAUUUUUUAGUUCUGGUUUGUAAAGUUUUAUGGUCCUUUUUUUACUUGUUUCUAAAUAUUUAGUUCUUAUUUUAAUCAAAAUUAUGAAAGAAGAAUGUUCAUUCACCUCAUGGAACUAAAAACUACUUUUUCCACUGACUGAAAAUGUUUCUUGACAUUGGAAAUAAAAUGUUGAAAAUGUACAAAGUAAAUCCAGUUAAAAAUACUAAAAUAACAUAUUGUAAAUUCAAGUCAUUUUAAGUUAAAAUGACUGUAAAAGCAUCGAUACUUUUACUCCAGAAAAGUCUAAAUAAAAUGGUUAAACUGGUUCCACCAUAGUCUCAGGAGUCGUCCACAGGAAACGCUGAGGCCGUCAUGUUACCUCAGCUCACCACGGGGCAGCAGAGCGCUCCUCGCCGCUCCACGGGCCUUACCCUCCAGCCCUGUCUUGGGCAGAGCCUUGGUUUGGAUGGAUUCAUUUCAUGUUUUUUUAGGGAGAAAAAAGCAACUGAUUGAGCCAAAAACUCCUCUGGCAGCUCAAAAGAGCCCUGUCUCCACCAAAGUCCAGUUGAAAUAACUUGAUUUUUUGAGUAGUAUUAACUGCAUUUAUUUAGGGAGUUGGUACAGAUAUUUUAAGUUUAUUAGUACAUUUCAAUCAUUUUCUUAUUUAAAACUUAAUUAUCAUCCAUUUAUUUCACUGGCAGAUAUGAGAUGAAAUCCUAAUGUACUGAAACCUUUUACGAAUAACUCAGACUCUCACAUUAAAUAAGUUUAAAACUACUCAAAACAAUAUAAAUUGCCGCACAAAAUGAUGUCUUCCUAAAUUGCCCGAGUUUGUGACUCCCAGUAGCCUGAGUUUGAUCUUUUGUCUGUUUUUCUGUAUUAUGUUAAAAGAGCUUUGGGUUACUGUUUAGUAAAUGUAACAUGUACAAAUAUUUAACAAAAUUGACCUAUUGUACAAAACGUAAUUUAGUUAUUUUUUACCAAUCUUUGUAAGUAAAUUAAUGUAUUUGAGUACAACUAUCAUAUUAUUUAGUUAGCGUGGUGAUUAGGCUGACUGUUAAGCCGGAUGCCCUUCCAGUCACAACCAGCCUUGUUUCUGUGGCUGGAAAAGGGCAAUGUGCUCCAAGUUUCUUGCCCAAGGACACAACACAAGUUAAUAAUAAUUUGUGUACAGUAAAACCAAAUAAAACCACGUUGUUUCUUUAACAUUUGGUGGAUACAGGGCCAAACCUCUUCAUCAUCGCAGUAGAUAUGCAGUAUUCAGUUCAUAGGACUUUUUCAUAAACUUAUUUUUAGGUAACAGACGUACGCCGCAAGAAUAACAUCUUGAAAUCAGAAUAUCUUAAUUUGAGUAAUUUUGAUUAUUAUUUAGUUAUUUUAAAUUGUUUCUAACUACCGGUAGUGAUGUUUUAAGUUUAGUUUGUGUUUUUGAGUUGAAAAAUUUAACUUAUUUAGUCAAAAUUCCUUCUCCGUUGAUGUAAAACGGAUGAAAACCUUACACUAUAUUACAACAACUCAAAUUAUUUAUACCCAUUAAUUAAAAAUCUAGUCAAAACUACUCAAGUAAAGUAUAUUCUGAAUUCAAGCCAUUUUAACUAUUGCAGAUAUGGAGUUUUUGUGGCGUAUCCGAUUCAUUAAACUUAAUAUUUACACUUCUUUUUUACUUUUUUUUUUAUCCCAAUAUUCUGACACGUUAUCAUUUUGUAACCUCUCUCCCUUUCUCUCUCUCUGUCGCAUAUGAACUCAAUGUUAAACCUACAUAUUUUAAUAAUAAUAAUUGCACAGAUAACCGAUGAUAACUAUAUGACUCUUUGCGUGUGUAGCUUCCAGAUGUGACCCCUGCAUGUAAUCACAGAAGUUUACUGUAAAAACCGAACAAAAAGGAAAAGAAACAGACUUGCACUUGACCCACACUGUGAAACAAAUAUCUACUCCUCUUAAAAUGACAAAAUUAAGAGUACGUAUCAUUUCUGAGCAGUUUUGACUACUUGGUUUAACUUUUUUUUGAGAAUUUUCUGACUUUCUCCUCCAAUAUUUUAUUCAUCAGGGUCAAAUUCACCCAAAAUAUAAUAACGAUAACAAUCACCCAUUCAUUAUAUUUAAAACGAGGGUUCAAAGUGUUUCUAAAGGUUUCUAUGCAAAAUCAUCGUCAAUAUUUGCAAAUUGUUUUAAAAAAAAAUCAAAGUUUCAACCUUAAUUAGUCAAAACGACUUCAGAUCCUGAUGCGACUCUUAAUAAUUUGUCAUUUUAAACUUGUACGUGUUUGUUUUUCAGUGCAGUGUUCUGUAUUUUUUAUUUUAUUUUAUUUUUUAACCUGUCGAUUAAGUCCCGCCCUCCUCUUACUUCCUGUCCCGUGUUUCAGAUGAGGCCGUCUUGAUGUUGUGGUUGUUGGCAGAUUUCCCCUUACACCUCUUUAUUAUUAAUAUUAUGACUAUUAUUAUUAUGAUAUUAUUGCUUGAUCAUUUCUGGCAACCCGGCGAGUCUGUUGAUUGUACACGUUCCAAGUCCAUAGAAAAGAAAAGAGAAAUUGAUGUUGUUUUGCUUCAGUGGAGAAAUGCUUUUUUAAAUAAAUUAAUUUAAAGCCCA